AUGGUGGGGGUGCGGAGGGGCUCAGUGGGGGCGCUGUCCGCGGUGCUGACUGUGCCCGCUGCCGGAGCGGAGACGGCGACGGCGGCGGCGGCUGCGGCGGCGACGACUCCGAGGGCUCCUCCCGCCGCCGCCCCGCCGAGGGCUAUUUAUGGGGCUGGCCCGGCACAGCCACUCCCCCCGCAGCGCUCCCCUCCCUCUCCGUGGGCCUCGGCGCUGCCUCCCGCCCUGGGCGGGGGUAGCCGGAGUUCUCCCGCCGGCGGCAGGGGCCCCGAGUUCUCGCCAAUCAUCCCUGCCCCCGGGCAGCUGCCUCUCAGUGCGAGGUGA